GGAGAGACAUCAAGGAGAGAACGAACCAGAUAUCAAAGAUGCAGUGGAGUCUGUAUCUGCUUAUUCUGAUGGGUCAGUGUUGCUUCUUUACAUGCCGCCUGUAUGAGUACCACUUUAUUGAAGAAAACAAGAGCUGGUAUGAAGCACAGAGAUACUGCAGAGAGAAAUAUACAGACCUGGCCAAAGUGUUUGACAUGACAGACAUGAGCAGACUCCGUAACUCCACACAGAAUCAAGGAGAAGCCUGGAUUGGACUGAACAACAACACAGAUGGAAACAGGACGUGGCAUUGGUCUCUGCCAGGAGUGGAAUACAUUCAAAAUGACAGCAGCUGGAAUCUGAAUGGAAGAGCAUCCUGGGAACAUCCUGGGAACUGUGGGAGGAAAAGAGACAAGCUGGCAGAUGUCUCAUGUGACCAAAUGAACUGGUUCAUUUGCUAUGAUGAAAUGAAGAAAGUCAAUAAAACAUUGUAUUUGAUUCAAUAUCCAAGACUAAAUUGGACAGAGGCUCAGAGCUACUGCAGAUAUAAUCACACUGACUUGGCCAGUGGACUCAAUCACGUAGAUGGAGAAGAAAUUGAGGCCGUGAUAAAAGGUUUAACCCCUCCAUUUAACCUCUGGAUUGGUCUGUUCAGAGACAGCUGGAGGUGGUCAGAUGGGAGUGAUUUCUCUUUCAGAUACUGGGAUAUGGAGUUAUUCAAUGAUGAACAAAGCAACAAGACAUGUGCUAUGACUCUGUUAAACAGAUCAGGAAAAUGGAGCUCUGAUGAAUGUGACAAAGAAAAACCCUUCUUCUGUUAUGAUGAUAAUUUGAUCCUGGUCGGAGAAAACAAGACCUGGGAGGAGGCCCUGUAUUACUGCAGAGAGAACUACAAUGACCUGGUGUCCAUUACUAACUCUGAUGAACAGAACUGGAUCCAGGAGAAAGUCAAAGAGGCCAACUCUACCUACGUAUGGCUGGGACUGCGCUACACCUGCACUCUGGGUUUCUGGUUCUGGGUCACUGAUGAGGUGGUGAAAUAUAAAAACUGGGGGUCUGAUGUAACGACUGAUGGCUGUGACAUGUCUGGAGCCAUUAAUGCAGGAAGCCCACAUGAGUGGUCCAAACAAGCUGAUAAUAAAAAGUUUAAUUUCAUCUGUUCUAAGAAGUAAAAUCCUCUCUGAUCUCAGGCCAAAAGGGUUUGCAUUUAAAUCAGGAUUUAAAUAGUUUUUUAGUUUUUUUUAAGGUUUGUAUUUUGCAUCUCACAAUAUAUAGAACUGACCAUUGUUGUAAUUUUUCGCUUGAUACGUAAAACUGAAUUGAAUUAUUCCACUCAAAUUUUUUUAAAUGUUUCUGGUAGUUUUUUCUGUGUUUUUAACAUUUUUCAACAUUUUAACUGUUUCACUUGUUUUACACCAAAGUCAUUUUUAAUAAUUCAUCUUGGCACUAGCAGCUCAAACCCCAAAUUAUUGUAUUGGUUCAGUGAUCAUUUGAGGUGAAACGAUAGUUAAAGUUGAGAAGCUGCAAUUAUGAUUUACUGGACAUGAAAGAAAAGCUGAAUAUCAAACUGAUUACAGAUUAAGUAUCUUAAAAGAUCACAUUUCAUAAGGGCUUUCAUAUGUAAAUACUAUAAUGUAUAAUGUUAUGAAGUUUAAUAUUAAGUAGUCUAUGUUGCAUGAAGGUAAAAUCCUAAAGUUAAAGUUCUUCAUCCUUGUACAGUGCACAGUGGUACCUCACAGCUGCUGCUCAUUGUCUUCAUCAGCUCACUGGUAUUUAAGAACCAGCUGAUUGCACCAGACUGUGUGCA